AUGCGGCACAGCGGCAUCGGGGACUUCAUUGAUACGGCCUCCUGCGCAGUUUUCUUGGAGCAUCGGCGCUGUCCAAGACACUGCGGUCAGCUCCUAGUGGGCAAGGAUGCAGCUCGCCACCUCUCGCAGGAAUGCCCCAACCGUGAAGAGAUCUGCCCCGCCGGGUGCGGAGAUCGGCUCUUGGGCUACGAAAUCGAUGACCCGGAGCAGCACCCCACCGUGUGCCCCAUGAAGCGGGCGAUGGACGCCGUGGAAUCAGCCAUCCAAGCCUCCGCGGUCAAGGACUAUCGCCUGGCGAUGGAGGCAGUCUACGCAGAGCGCGACCACGCGAGGGCUCGCAUCAAGGCCCGUGGUGAAAGGGACCCGGGUCCCGUGUUCUCCACCCCGGGCUGCACCAAGCGGCUGAGAGGUCUCAAUGAGGAGGGCUUGAACCUGCUGUCGCGGGCCAGGCUGACUUGGGUGAUCGGCGUGGCCUCGCUGGGGCCAGCGCUGGCCUGA